AUGAUAGACAAUAAUGAGAUCAGAAGACCCACCUCCCGAGCGAUCCACGAGUGCGUCAAGUGCGGAGCCUGUUUCUGCCACACGAGAAAGCUCGUCGAGCACCUAAAGAACUUGCACGGCAUCGACAAAGCGUUCAGCUGCGACGAAUGCGGUAAAACGUUCAGGAGUCCGAUGAACAUAGCGCGUCACAAGCUGAUCCACACGGGCUCGAAACGGUUCGCUUGUGACUUAUGCGACUACAGAUCCAACCAGAAAUCGAAUCUCGAGAGCCAUCGCAAGCGACACACGAAGGAGUACGCUUUCGAGUGCGAGGAAUGUCAAAAAGGCUUCUUCGUGAAGACGGAAUACUUGGAGCACAUGAACGUUCACACCAGAAAACAAUUGUACCCGUGCGAACACUGUGGCAAGUCUUACCCCUACAAGAAGAACCUGCUGGCUCACGUGAGGAGCCACCACACGAACGUUUCGACCGGCGAAUCGGCGAACAAUGCCAACUGGAGGCACAUUUGCAAGGUUUGCUUGGAAGGCUUCGCUCAAAAGCUGCUGCUCGUCCGGCACUUGAAGAUACAGCACGGGCUGUGCGAGAGGAGGAAUUUCCUGUGCGACCUUUGCGGCACGGUGCUGUCUUCGAAUCGCAGGCUAAUGACGCACAGGCGCAGCCACGCGAACGAGAAGGUCGCCAUGUGCAACUUGUGCGGCAAGGAAUUCGCUAGCAAAGAGAAUCUUAGUAUUCAUCAGCGUAUACACACUGGCGUCAAGCCAUACGUGUGCACGCAAUGCGGAAGGGGGUUCACGCAGAGGACGUCCUUGAUGCUGCAUCUCAGGUACCAUUCCGGAGAACGGACGUACCAGUGCACCGAUUGCGGGAAGGGCUUCGUUUCUCGCAGCUUCCUGAAGAAGCAUCGAAAGGUCCACGAGAAAUCGCAGCCCGAGACUUAG